AUGUCUGACUCGGGCCAGGAACAUGUUAACACCUUCGAUCGGUGUGUGCCAGAUGGCUUACCAUCCAGCGAGUUAUUCAAUGACCAGGAGCAAAUUCAGAGGUGGAAAGAGCAGAUGAUAAUGAAGCAGGAGAACAUGUUUGGCGACCCCUGUAGCGGUUACAAGGGGCUCAGUAUAGGGUCCACUGCCGUCUUCAAACAAGAGCUUCCAGUGUUGCUCCCUUCAAACGACUCUGAAUAUUCACAGUGGAGGGCAGUGUACAACGAUCUCUGUGACUGCCAUAACGCUUACAACAGAGCCACGCACGAAGUCUGCAUCCUUCUUUGGGGUUGUUCGCAAGCAGCAGAAGUUUCGCUGCUUCUCAGGGGAAUUUUUCCCAUAAGCCCAACCACGAUUCUGAAUGCUGGGUGGAAAAUCCUCCUCAGCUCAUGUUGGCAGGCACAACUGGUCACGAAAGCCUUCUCCGCGAUAUCUUCAUCGCCAUUUUGCCCCGUCGUUCUAGCAAGCGGGUCCCUAGCAGACCCAGAACGUGAGGACGACAAGCUCCGGGUGUAUCUAAAUAUGAUCCUCCAAUUUCCGCUCAUCCAGCGCCUUGAAGCCUUGGUCCAACGGCUGCGGCACCACUUUACGCAUGCUGUUGACAAUGCCCAGGCAUUUAAGGCUCUAAGACGAGACAACUUCGGUCUCUCCCGAGUGAAGAUAUUGAACGAUCUUCAAGAUGCUGGCGCGGGCAUCCAUGAGCCUCAGUACGAUUUCUAUGCAGAAAGACGCUGCGAAUAUUUUGGCUCACGCAUCGUCCAACACGGCGUAGUGAUUAUGCUCCAAUCUUAUGACACAGUGGACAUCGAGGAAGCUAUGUCCCUGUAUAACGAUCAACUCUUACCAAUCACCUGUCUGAUGGAAUCGGAGCUCCAGUUCCAGCUGGGUAAAAAUGGUACUGGCUACCGUUUCAUGCCAGAAGGGGCUGAAAACGGCCUUCUCAAGGGAGAGCACGAGGUGUUCCCCAUUAGAAUCAAUCAGCUCACUGACAUCAGAAUGAAUGCGAUGUCAGACACCCUCUAUUUCUCCAUCCAGGUUCGCAUGUUAAUGCCCCUGCGAGUUGAAGUUCUGGGAGCUUUCAAAACCAAAAUACCACUGCUUUCGUUUGUUAAACCUAUGCCCUGCUUACCCGAGUUGGAGGGUUCAAGUGAGGGUCAAUCCAGCCUGGGGUCGGAGGCUGGAUUCAGCGUGGGUGGAGAGUGUGGAUCCAGCGUGGGUGGAGAGUGUGGAUCCAGCGUGGGUGGAUCCAGCCUCGGGUCAGAGCCUAAUGCACCAUUCGUUGAAUCGGACUCGUUGGACGACAGUGGGCCCUUUGUUGAGGAACAGAGCAGUCCCAUCGACUCCUCCAGGGGAGCAAGUCAUUUCCGACCCCACUAA